AUGGCUGCAGGUGCAGCGGCUGCCUCCACAGGCUACUGGUCGCUUGCGAUCGGCGCAAUGCGUGCAGCCAUGGUGUGCUGGGUUUGCCUGGCCUACAUGCGCGGUGUGUGCGACUGGUUGCCAUUGCCGCCAGGGACAGGGACGACCGGGAGCACGACGAGCACCCCGGCCGCGGGGCUGCUGGUGCUCUUGGCGGCCGUAGCGCUGGUGGCGGGGUGGUUCCUGAACACCGUCCGGCCGCCUCCGCCGACGUCGUGCGGGACACCCGGGGGCCCGCCGGUGACCGCGCCCAGGGUGCGGCUCCGGGACGGGCGGUACCUGGCGUACGCCGAGUCCGGGGUCAGCAGGGACCGGGCGCGCUUCAAGGUCGUCUACUCGCACGGCUUCUCCGGCGGCCGCAUGGACUCGCCCCGCGCUUCCCAGGAGCUGCUGGAGGAGCUGGGCGUGUACAUGGUGGCGUUCGACCGCGCCGGGUACGGCGAGAGCGACCCGGACCCGCGGCGGUCGCUGGAGAGCGCGGCGCUGGACAUCGAGGACCUCGCCGACGCGCUGGGGCUCGGCGACAGGUUCCACCUCGUCUGCUCCUCCCUCGGCUCCCACGCCGGCUGGGCCGCCAUCAGGUACAUCCCGCACAGGCUGGCCGGGCUGGCCAUGAUGGCGCCCGUGAUCAACUACCGCUGGCGCGGGCUGCCGCGGGGCCUCGCCCGGCAGCUCUACAGGAAGCAGACCGUCGGCGACCAGUGGUCGCUCCGGGUCGCCUACUACGCGCCGUGGCUGCUACACUGGUGGAUGAGCCAGUCGUGGCUGCCCACCUCUACCGUCAUCGACGGCUCCGCGCCCUUCCCCAACGCGCUCGACGAGAAGAACCGCGUCAUGGCGCUCUCCAACGGCAUGUUCCACUCGAGGGCGAGGCUGGCGACGCAGCAGGGGGCGCAGGAGUCCUUCUACCGCGACAUGGCGGUCAUGUUCGGGAGGUGGCCGGAGUUCGAGCCCACGGACCUCGAGAAGCCGCCGUUCCCGGUGCACCUGUUCCAGGGCGACGAGGACGGCGUCGUGCCCGUGCAGCUGCAGCGGCACACAUGCCGCAAGCUCGGCUGGGUCAACUACCACGAGCUCCCCGGUACUGGCCACUUCUUGUCAGCGGUGCCAGGACUCGGCGACAGGAUCGUCAGCACGCUCCUGUCAUCACCGGCGUCGGCGUCGGCGUAA